UCCUUGCAGCUGUUCCGAAUAUAUUGGAUGGUAUCAUCUGUUCUACUCGUCAUCGCAUCAAGUAUUGCCUUUGCAAGAUGCGCUAGCGUUCCCAUCAAGCCAGGAAAGUACUGUGCCACGGCCCCAGUUAAAGGAGUUGGCAAUGCAUGCAUCAUCUUCGACUAUGAGUCAGAGUCCAAGGCCCGCCUGACGUACAGGUUUUCUCUCCACACGAUCAGCAUUAAGUACAACGAUGUAAGCAUGAGUGGUAACGAGGUUAUCUUGAAAAGGCGCGGUCACACUGAAGGCCCUGAGUUGUUCCCGUAUUAUAAAGUCGGCUUCACUCUAAACGUUACGGAUGAUGGCCUCAAGAUGAUCACUAAAGAUGGGAAGAGCAUUUACCAUUUCAGCAGCGGAACCUGCACUGCAGCCGAAGGCUCAGGAAAUUGUGGGGCCACAUCGAACCAACAAAGGCGGUUGACUCCUCCUCAAUAUCCUAAGGACUCCGACAUAAACGGAACUUACUGGGAUAACCCAGAACCUGAUCACUUCCAGACCAAGCUAGCGUUCUUUUGGUUCACUAUCCUCCCAUACGCUUCGGCAGUAUUCUAUGAUUCCAGCAAGUACCAAGACCUCGUGGAUUCUGCUUAUUGGCAAACUUAUCAUGAAUCUGGCGUAGAUAGAUAUUAUGCGACUAUUCGUCUCGUGGGAGCAGAUGAUAAUCUUGUGUCGUCACUAUGGAGUAUUCAAGCGGAGCUCCGAUAUUAUUACGAUUGGAACGAAGUGCAUUUCGUCCCCUACAACAACUCCAAUCCAACGAGGGUGUUGCUUCAUCACCAGUGACAUUUUCUCACAGGUCAUUUUGGUCUUGCAGUCAUCCUCAAGUCGUCGGUGAAGUCAGUCUCUGCGUCCUGCAACGCAGUUUCGAGCGUUGUUACAGGAUGAUGUCACGAAGUGUAUACGUGCUUUGUUAUCUUUUUGGUUGUAUUGCACGAUGAUGCUAAGAGCUGCGAACGGUAUCCUUAGUAUUGUCUGUCCAAAGUGCGUAGUCCAUUUUUAGCGAUGUCCUAUGUGUUCUACACAGUUCUGAACACAGGUUCUCUGCGCCUUGGAUUUUCCUUUCUCCUCAAACGCAACUGAGCCACGCGACAUCGUUGAUAGUCAUCUUACAUCGUUUAUGAGUUUUCAAU